GGCCUCUCCGGGAGGGGAGGGCGGCAGGCGGGAGGAGGGGCUCCCGGCGCGGGGCAGGGGCGGAGCGAGCGGCCGCCGCGGAACCAAGUGAGUUCGCUUCGGAGCCCGCCGCCCCCGCGCCCCCGCCGCCGCCGCCGCCGCUGCCGCCGCCGCCCGCGCGGGGAUGCAGGAUGCUGGUGAGCGCCGGGCUCCAGCGGCGGCGGCAGCCUCUCCUGUGGCCGAUGAAUGCAGACCCGCCGCCUCCGCCCUGGGUCUGGAUGGUCCCGGGCUCGGCCGGGCUGCUCCGUCUGGGCGCCGGGGUCGCGCCCCAGCCCUUGCUACUAGCUAUAGCCCAGCCCCCCGCCGCCCCGCUGCUCCGGGGGCCGCCCGGCUGGCAGGCGCCCGGCGAGCCGCUGCUGCCGCUGCUGCCGCUGCCCUCUGCGCCAGACCACGCCGCCGCCGCUGCGCACCGCCUCCGCCUGCUCCACGGGCAGUGGCUCUUCGGCGGCCCCACUCUGUCCGUGGGACUGUCCCCCGCCUCCGCCUCGGAGCUGGUGCCCCUCUUCCCGCACGCCUGCCCGGCUGCGCUGCCGCCCGCCGUCGGGAAAAGCUGGCCACACAAACGGAUGCCCAGUUGUAAGGUCUCGGUGGACACCGCCUUGGCUCUGGACUCAGCGUGGGUCUGCCCCGAGGACGCACGCCUGUUCCACGUGUAUGAGAAGCCCCCCUUCCUGGCCAGCCCCGGGGCCCUGCCUCCGUCCGGGCCGGCCCCUGCCCGCCGGCCGCUGCCCGCCGUGGUGUUGGCGCCGGCGCCCCUGCCAGGAGGUUGCCACAACAGCCUUAAGCCCGUCGGCACCAGCCCUGCCAUCGCCAUCGCCGCCGCCGCUGCCGCAGCCAUGGUCUCCGGGGACCCCGAGGGACGUGGGGGCCCGUCCCCCUCCCACGAGCACCCCUGCCACUUCCUGACGCUGGCGCCCAUCAGAAUACCCCUGCGGACUGCCCCCUUCUCCGGGCGGCACGGGGCAGGCGGUCGUCCUGGACAGAGCUGGAGUGCUGCGGCUCAGGAGGGCCCUGGGCCCCGGAUCGUGGCACCUCCACGGUCCACGUGUUUGCCGCUGCCCACCGGUGUCUGUGGACUGUAA